UAACUGUAGCACACAGGCUGUUUGAGCGCUCUCUGUCCCUGGCAGUGUGCAUCUUUAAGAUGACAGUUAACAGAAGUGUUUUGAAUCUAUGUGUGAUCUCUGACCACUUCUUUGGGGAGUGCCAGCCUGGAGAGAUGGUGGGGCCUUGUGGUUGUGUUUAGCUAGUCAAAUGUAUUAAAAAUGAGGGUUACCAUUUUACAGUGGGGAGAGGAGAGGGAUUGCAGGAGGUAAUGCAUCAAGUGAGGAGCAAGUUUACUAGGGAAAACUUGUUUAAAACUCUAGCAUAAUCCUGUUCUCUAAAGUACAAGCUUCAAAGGUGAUUGCAGAGGCAACUGAGGAAUGAACUUCUACUGUUGUUUCUGCCAGUGCAAUACUUACCAAGCCAUCUGCACUGUCAUACAGUGGAUGGAGUUCAUGGAUGGGAGAGAAGAAUUGGCUUUUAACUUCUGGAAUGAUAGUUAAUAACACAGCAGUGCAGGACUUGGGGGAUAGACAGAUAACAGAAAAGAUGUGAAUGUGCUUUCAGGGAAUGCAGUUCAGCAGGGGAAGGAGAAGUUCUGUCUUGUCAUCUUUCAAAGUAGCAGGACAGGUGAAGGUGGGUCAGACAAAGGAACUGAGUAUCAUAGCUCUUGGGGUCAGACAAAGGAACUGAGUAUCAUAGCUCUUGGGGUCUGCCCACAGCUCUCUGAUACUGUAAAGUUUGACCUUAGGAUCCUAAGUCGUUAGCUAGGACUGCUUCUAUUUCUAGAUUUGCAGACUGCCAGUAAUGAUGCUGGUCUGUGGUGCCUUGCAGAGGAUUAAGGAAAAAAUGAUUAAUCGUGUCUUUUGUUGGUGUUGGAUUCUGAAGCUAAAGAGUCUGUACAGUCCCUUGACAUAAAGGUGUAUCAGGCUUUCUCUAAUCUUAGACUGUGAGGUUUUUAGAUAGGGGCCCUAUUAUUAUUUUUUUUUCCCUGUAGUUGAAAUUAAAUCAUUGGCUGUAAUUUCUGAUGAUCUUGGAAGCUAGAAAGGUAAUUAAUGUUGUAAUACAUGUUUUCUGUCUUUAUCCAAUGAUGCUAUGUAUUGUUGCAGCGUCUUGAUUUCUUCUGCGGAUCUACUAAAGCUUAAAAGAAAAAUCGUGAAAUCUAAUCCAGCUUCAUACUACACUGUUUUGAAGAAAGAAGGCAGGCUGUUCCAGUCCAUGAUCUCUAUGAUGAGGUUCGCCAUGUAUGACAACAUCACACACGCUACUGCCCUGGUGACAGCACUGGAUAAUGUGACAACUUUGUCCCCAACAACAACACAGGCAAUCAAUGACACCAACAUCACUGUGCCGCACAAAUGCCUGCUGUUGCUUUAUGAAGACAUUGGGAAAUCCAGAGUCCGCUACUGGGAUCUCUUGCUCCUGGUUCCCAAUGUGCUUUUCUUCAUGUUUCUUCUCUGGAAGCUGCCCUCUGCCAGGGCCAAAAUCCGAGUCACUUCCAGCCCAAUCUUCACUACAUUCUACAUACUAGUAUUUGUGGUGGCUUUAGUUGGCAUUGCCCGUGCUGUUGUCUCCAUGACUGUCAGUGCCUCUGAUGCUGCCACAGUUGCUGAUAAGAUCCUGUGGGAGAUCACAAGGUUCUUCCUUCUGGCCAUUGAGCUGAGUGUGGUGAUCCUAGGCCUUGCCUUUGGUCAUCUGGAGAGCAAGUCAAGUGUGAAACGUGUUCUGGCAAUCACCACAGUGCUGUCUCUGGCAUAUUCUGUCACCCAGGGGACCUUGGAAAUUUUGUACCCUGAUGCCCACCUCUCAGCAGAAGACUUCAACAUCUAUGGCCAUGGAGGGAGACAUUUCUGGCUUGCCAGCUCUUGUUUCUUCUUUCUGGUCUAUUCCUUGGUGGUGAUACUUCCAAAAACUCCUCUGAAAGACCGGAUUUCUUUGCCCUCCAGGAAGAGUUUUUAUGUUUAUGCUGGAAUUUUGGCUCUACUGAACCUGGUGCAGGGACUGGGCAGUGCCCUCCUCUGUGUGGAUAUCAUAGAGGGACUAUGUUGUGUUGAUGCUACCACAUUCCUUUACUUCAGCUUCUUUGCACCUCUCAUCUAUGUGGCCUUCCUAAAAGGCUUCUUCGGGUCUGAGCCAAAGAUCCUUUUCUCCUACAAAUGUCAAGUGGAUGAACCUGAAGAUGUAGAUGUGCACCUACCCCACCCCUAUGCUGUUGCCAAGAAGGAAGGAAUGGAUUCUGGUUUUUACUCGAGCACUCAGAUUGACACUGCAGCCUACCUGGAUGAUGUAGCCUCUAUGCCGUACCAUGUGGGCAGCAUCAACAGCAUAGACAGUGACCGCUGGAAAGCCAUCAAUGCCUAAGGCAGUGCAGCCCCCUUCACACGAUGCCUCGUUCCUUUCCUUCCGAACUCCCAGAUACCACAGCUGUUAGGAUGUCCAUUGGAAAUCAGUCCUUGGCUAUCUGCCAUGGCUUUUUCCUUCUUCCUUAGGACUUCCUAAACUUAUUGUGGAACAGUUGGCAGCCCCAAACCCCUUGGAAAGGGUGCUUUCUGUCACUACCCAAGAACAACCUGGAACAGUUUUGUUCAUAAACCUAUAAGCACUGAAUGUUCCUGAUCCUCCAUGUUCCAGAUGCUAAUAUGACCCAGAAGACGGGCCUGACUGGUACGCCUUCCUUUUCAGUGACUGAAAGCACUUCUUUGCCCAUUAGGGAGCAGCACUUAGAGAUGAGGGUGUUGAUUUGACUGCUGUAUUGUGCAUAUAUAAAAAGUGUUCAGUGCUUGGAGCCAAAGAUGGUCUUCCUGGACAUUCUCAAGCAGCAUAGUUGCAUGGAUCUUGUCAUAAUGUAGUUGCAUAGGCUCCUAGUGACAGCAGUGUCUGGAGAGGGAAGCUCGUCAGCUGUGUUUUCCAGUUUCAGCUAAUACUGAUGAAAAUCGUGAAUGGCAGUUUCUGGGGAUUAAAAGGAGCAUUGAGAGUGUGUGGGAGUGUGGGAAGGAGAAGAGAUAUGAAGAGAAUUGUUCCGAGUUCCCUGGGACUAUUUUGGGGUGCACUAGUUAGUAGGUAACAGCAUGGACAACCUGACAGAAGGACAGGCAGAAAGAAGAACAGGCAGUCAUGCUGACUAGCUGAGCAGAAGCAGCUGUGAAACAGUCUCUGCAGACUGUGCUGCAGCUGAACUCAGUGAAAUACAAGUAAGGACACUGAAUCAAGGCUGAUUUCUAAGAGUAAAACAUGUUAGGUGGGUGUUCCACACAUCCACCCUGCUUCAUGGAUCUAGCAAGGCCUUGGAAGGGGGUUGUAAAGGACAGCUCCGGGACAUCUGACUGCAGAUGAAGGCUCCAGAGAAAUUCAGAUGCCUGAGGCAGAGCAGAAGUCCAUGAUUAAUCCCAGCUGCCAGUGAUGGGAGAGCUCUCAAACACAGUGGAACUGCUAGAAUUGAGCCAACUAGUGUUCUAGGUUGGGAGAUAGGUGGGAGAAGGUUACUGCUACUGCUUCUGUGGCAGCGUUCUCUUAUGCCGCAGUUCAGGUAUCUGGAUUUCUACUGGCCUGAAUAGGCUUUAUGGCUUGAUGCAUUGAAAAUACUUCUGUGCAUGUGAAGGGUGGUUCAUUUAAAGGCUAUCUGGAACUUCCUAUUAUCCCCUUCCCCUCUGGAAAGGGACUGUCUGAACUGCCUGGCAUGCAGUUCCAAGGCACUGUGGUCUGAUCCAGGGACUGUUCAGCUGAAAACUGCAUCAGACUGGCUUCUGGGACUUACUGUGCUCUCCAAGGAUAAAGAGGCUUACUCCUCUAGCUUUGGGGGUGCUUUCCUACCUGAGUCCUCCAGGUAGGUGGAGAUCUGCUAUAACCUAUGGCAGCUUUCUAUUAGAGAUGGCAGAAUGAGGGAAUAUGAAACACUUGGGGACUGUGUGCAUCUCUUGCCCAACGCUCCUGUUCCUGAAGAAGAAUAUUGAGGUAAGAAUUCUGGGGAAAUCUUUGUGGAAGGUGCAGUGAUAGUUCGGAUCACGCAAAACACUGCUACUAGGUAGUAGCAUUUGCUACCAGGUGUUCCUGCAGUAAGGAAAGAAACAGUUUGGGAAGGAGCACAAAGUGCACAUUGGUUGCCAAAACUAUGCAGGCCCUUUGUGUAUCUUCUUUGUUAAUGAGCAAUGCAGCUUCUCUGUUCUGCUGCCUGUGGACUUUGCCCUGCAGGCUUCCAUGUAGCAUUGACACCUUAAAAACAAACAGCCUCCCCCUCAUUUUUAAAUAAUUUUUAAUUUACUUUUAAGGAAAAAAGGCUUCCAUUUUUCCAUGUGUUUGAGCUGAAUUUAUACCAUGUGGUUCAACGGCCUUUCACGUUCCCCCUCCAUGCAAUGACUGUGUAAGGGGUGGACAAGCAACUGGCCAGGUGAACUUUUUACCACAUCAGAAAAUUGUUCUGUGCUUCUCCCAUCACUUGCUGUGAACAGGCCUGAGCCACACUUAAUUGCUUACUGUAAAAGGGAUGGAUGACAUGGUGCCUGAAUUGCCCUGCUGCUGGCUCUAAUGCUGCUUACAACACUGAUAGUGAGCUGCUCUUAGCCUCUAUGGGGAGAUCUGUAAAGCUUCCCUGCAGCUGGUGGGCCUUGGAAAUGGCCAAGAGAUGUGAAAAUCUUGAAGUGGUUCAGGAAUAAAGGAACAAAUGCUUUCCCAUUCCCAAGGAGUAUUUGCUGACUCUCAUAACACCUUGAACUUGAAAGGACUUAUCUGCCCUCCUUGAUGAUGUGAGGAGCAGGUUAUGAAUUUGCCUUUUUAUCAGCUAAAUUCAGUGCUGAAGGAUCACCAAAGCAGGUGGUCAGUAUGUCCAUCCUCUCCUUUGGUGGCAGGACUCCAGCAUUUCUGGAGCGUCCCACAUUCUGCUGCUGAGGAGUUUCUGCACUAGGUCAUAGACUGACCUUCCUCCUGUUGUAUUUUUAUGUAUAUAAAUGCCUUGGGCCAUAUUCACAAUGGUUCUUGAGCAGAAGUGUGUUGGGGGGGAUGCAAAGAGACUAUAGAGUAAAUGUAUAUUUUUGUUUGUAAAAUAAAAAAAUUAAAUUUGGCAUAAA